GUCUUCUUUCCCCUCCAUACGAAUUAUUGGCCCCUUGAGAUGACCUAGUAUCAGGUCUUCUCUGUGGUGAGCCCCCCUAAUACUUUCUUGUGGCUCUGUUUUUCAAUAUGCUUUUGCGCUCGGCCACUUCUUAUCUGAUUAGAACUGGCCAGGGGUAUCAACUAUUCCUAACAUGACACGCCGACUUGUUCGAGCGGGCGUGCAGCUCGCUAUCUUCGCAUCUUUCAUCGCUCUCCUCGUCGUGACCUUGGACAACAGGUUCCGUGUCCUUCCUGCCUCCAUCCACGGCCAUCUUCCAUCCCACUAUGCUGGCUACGCCAUAACCGAUGUCACUGUUGUGACUUGUUCUUCCAUCAACGUCUUUUCGAACUGUCAACCAAGCCAGGAGUCCUGGUCACAGAUCGAGAAAGACCUUUACCUUCGCACCGGUUGGACCUCAAGCGCAUUUGUUCGAUUUGAGCGAAAGAAAGAGGAGGAACUGCUUCCUACAGACAAGGUUGUUAUUGACCUUAAGAUCAGCCGACUUGUUCCCGAGUAUUCGGAGGAUCCUGAGGCACAAGGAGAGACAUGGGAGCAGAGACCCGGUGGUAUCUGGCUGAAGCGAACCGCUAAGCGCCACGCAAGUGAUUCGGGGAAAGCAAUCACCGCUAUCGAUGUUCUCUUCGGUGCCGAUGCAGUCGAUCCGCGAAUUGGCUGGGAAGUUAGGGAUACUCCACUGCUACUGGAUAGCAGGACGGAAGAACUGGAAACUCGAAUCAGCGUUCGCCGGGGAGAUCCCCCCAAAACGAAGAAGCCAGUGCCCAGGAUAAACGAAAAUGGGCGCUUCAAGAUCAUGCAGCUGGCUGACUUGCAUCUGAGCACCGGCUUAGGGGCUUGCCGUGACCCCGUCCCGGCUGAACCCGUCCCAGGACAGAAGUGUGAAGCCGAUCCUCGGACGCUAGAAUUCGUGGAAAGGCUCCUAGACGAAGAGCAGCCUGAUUUUGUUGUAUUAAGCGGCGACCAGGUCAAUGGUGAGACUUCUAGAGAUGCUCAGAGUGCUCUUUUCAAGUCUGUUAAACUGCUUGUUGAUCGCAAAAUACCCUACGCGGCCAUUUUCGGCAACCAUGAUGACGAAGGUAACCUGAAGCGGCCGGAACUCAUGACUAUUUUGGAGGAUCUGCCGUACUCUUUAUCAACUGCCGGCCCCGAGGAGAUCGACGGAGUCGGAAAUUAUUAUGUUGAGAUUCUUGGCCGCGGAAGCACCACCCACUCCGCGCUAACCCUCUACCUUCUGGACUCUCACUCGUACUCUCCUGAUGAACGGCAGUUCCGCGGGUAUGACUGGAUCAAGCCGAGUCAAAUUCGGUGGUUCAAGAACACUGCCCAGGGGUUGAAGACGAAGCACCAUGAAUACACCCACAUGCACAUGAACAUGGCAUUCAUUCACAUUCCGUUGCCAGAAUAUCGUGAUCCCAAUAACUAUUACCGAGGUAACUGGACCGAAAUUCCAACAGCGCCAGGCUUUAACUCGGGCUUUAAGGAUGCCCUUGAAGAAGAGGGUAUCCUGUUUGUGAGCUGUGGACAUGAUCAUGUCAAUGACUAUUGCAUGCUCAAUCGGGAUAACGAGGAAAAGCCUUCCCUUUGGAUGUGCUAUGGAGGAGGCGCUGGUUUCGGCGGGUACGGAGGAUACGGGGGUUAUGUGCGCCGCGUGCGCUUCUAUGACUUUGACAUGAACCCUGGCCGUGUGGUGACAUACAAGCGGCUGGAGUAUGGCGAGACGGAAGCAAAAAUUGACGAGAUGAUGAUUAUCGACGGUGGCAUUGUCAAAGGGCCUGAACAAGAAAAGUGAAUCGGAGAUUGAUGCCUUUCUUAAGCGCUGAUUGGUAUUUUUCUCUCCUUUCUUUUCGAGCUGGGUCUCGCGAGACGUAUAUGGCCCUGCUUUUCGGACGACAUCAUCUAUUCGAGGCUUUUACAUCUAUCACUGGGGAGGCGUUCCUAUUUGAGACUUAACCGGCGGACAUUCCUCUUCUUUUCUUUGUAUCAUAUUACUAUUCGAUUCCGACAUUUGCAGGAUGCGUGGGCUGCGAUAGCAGGCAAUUUCUCAACAAAACUGAUGGUUUUUUUUUUUUUUUUUUUUUUUUUUUUUUUUUU